UAGUAUCAGCACAGCUUACAACAGUCAACACAAAGUCAGCAAAACAGCAACUAAUUCUGUGCUUCAUGUCUGGAACCUUAACAUUCUGUGCCUCAGUAAUGCAGGGCUGGCAACAACUUUACAUGCUGUGGAUAUGAAAUGCUCAUGUAUCACAGGAGGACUCAUCUAAAAGCUACUGGAAAGUUUCUUUGCUACUUUUUUUUCUGCUGGAGAAGAGGUUUUUUCCCCCCCAUUUGGUGAUACAGUCAGAAGAACUGCCAUAAGCAAUCUUCUCAUAUUGCCUUCCUCUAUGUGGCAGUGAAAGUGAUAAUAACCAGAGCCAGCAUCUAUCGGAAAAGGUGCCGCCGUACAGCGAGGGAAACAUGGGGGAGACAGCUCCCCUUCAACCUACGCCUGGGAGCCUUGGCAUAGGCAUGGGAGCAGGUGGGCUCCUCGGGGGAGGGGCAGUAGCACCACGUGUUCACAGCGCCAUCGUCGAGCGCUUACGAGCCCGGAUAGCCGCAUGUCGCGAUCAUCACCGAAAUUGCCAGGGGCGGUACGAGCGGAGUAGAGCGGAGAGUUCGGAUAAAGAGAGAGAAAGCACAUUACAGCUGCUGACCCUUGUCCAACAUGGCCAGGGCAGCAGGAAAAGUAGCAAACACAGCAAGAGCACUCCUCUGCCCGACUACCAUGCCCAGCAACAACACCAACACAUUUUAACUAACGCCAGCAAGGAGCCCGGUGGGGAACAGCAAACAACUAACGGACUCGACCAGAGGAACUCAGCUCUCAUUGCUCUUCAAGGUUCUUUAAAGAGGAGAUUGGUGGUUCCCCAUGUCCAGAAUAAAAGAUCAAAUGGCAUUACAGACAAUUCUUACCUUGAUAUGAAGAAAAUAAGACCAAACGGACACCUUACAGGAUCUCAGAAUGUCUAUCACCCUGCCAAUGGACCACAUCAGGCAGGUAACGGAACCAUCCCAUUUGAGCAAACAGUGCACCAAAAAAUGCACACGGCAAGCAGUGCCAACUGUGAUACUAAUGACCUUUUUAAUAUAGCGUUGAAAGAUAUCAAGAAGGAGCCAGGAGAAAACUUGUCAUGUAGCAAACACUUUGAUGGCCAUAUGUCUCAGGACAAUAUGUAUAGAUAUGGGGAUGACUGUGGGGAGCAACCGAUGGACCCGGACCUCCAAGAACUGUUUAACGAACUUACUUAUAUAUCAGUCCCACCAAUGACGGAUAUUGAGUUGCAGAAUAUGAUAAAUAUUACAAUAAAGCAAGAUGAGCCUUUUAACAUCGACCUUGGGCAGCAGAACCACAGAAACACACUGAGCUCCACACCUUUGGACAAGGUUGUCAUAAAAAGUGAAUAUCCACAAGGCAUGGAUCCUACAAGGGUUGGGUCACCACAAUUAAGGCCUUCUUCUACAGGCCCCACCUUUUCAAUGGCAUCUUCUCCUAGUAGAAGUGGACCUCAAAACCAGAAUCAUGGACAGGUUUCUUCAAGUACAAACCGUGUAGGUAAUUGGCAGGAAUUGUCUCAUGCGCAACAGCUGAAACAAAUCGCAGCCAAUAGACAGCACAACUUAGUUCAGCAACAUCAGCCAAACCAGUCUCCUAACUGGUCAAAUCUUCCUCCAGCAGGAGCAUCAACAAGGCCCUAUGGGCAGGACAAAGUUUCAAGUCCUUUUCGACAGCAGCAAUUAAGUCCUCAAGGAACAUCUAUAAGUGCUGUCCAGGUAAAUGGAAAUCAAACAAAACCGAUAAGUACCUACCUCCAUAAACCUGGAUCUAGUGCCCAGAAUAACCAGCACGACAUAAUGAACCAACAAAAGACCCAGGAUUCUAUCAAGAGCUCAGUUAAUUCCAAUAACCCAGCUUUAGAACAACACCAUGGCAAUCCAAAACAUUUGUUUCAUUUCAGCCCCAAUCAAGCGAACCAGCAAGGUUCCCCAGCCUUGAGCCAGCAAAACAAGACUGUUUUGCAAUAUACACAACAGCAGCAACAGGCAUCUGUUGCAGCUCAACAACAUGAACAAUUGCAACAGACCAAUCCAUUACCAACCCAGAACCAACCGAGGCUACCAGCAUUCCAACAAAAGAUGCUAGUACCAAAAAUCCAGCCGAACCAGUCUAUCCCUGGAUUGCAUUACUCUGUUCAUCAACAGGAUCAGCACUCGGCAGCAACUCAGGGAACUGGAAGCAGCUCAAGUGUCGGCUCCAGCACCAGCCCAAGCGCUGCAAGUAACUAUAACUCCCGACAGCCUCUGCUGAACCAGCAGCUCCUGGAGAAGACAAACAGCUUACAGAGGCAAAUGAUAGAGCAGAAGCAACAGCUCAUUGCACAACAACAGAUGCUGUCAGGAACGGAGAAAAGUAACACUCAGGACCAACUAAACAGACAUAUGACCAGACCGCCUCCAGAUUACAAGGAUCAAAGAAGAAACACCAUUGGCAUGCAACAAGGACAUCAGUAUGGCGGUGGCUCGCCGAGUGUACGUGUCAGCUCUACUCCACCCAUAGAUAAUUCUGUUCCAACACAUAUUACAUCACAGAAUUCAACAAACCAUGGAGCUAGGAUGUCUUCUCUACAGGGACCUCAGAACAUAUAUGGAAAUGUUUCAUGUCCUCAGCAAUCUAUGUACCAUGUGAAUUCGGGUGUCAACCAAAUUCAGCAACAGACAAGUUCUGAUGCUGUAGGAUCCAGUCAGAAUGGCCAUGCAUUACCACGUCCAUCAUCAGCCACCCAAGGAAAUAGGUUACCACAUUUUGGCACAGGAGCUAAAGUCAACCCUCCGCAAUUUCGAAAUGGUUCAGCUCAUGCUACAGGUAUGAUGGGGCACAGGCCACCUAAUGCAAUGGUCAAUGCAUCAACACCACAGAACUGGGUUCAACCGGAAGGCAAAAUCCAAGAUUCACUUUGCUUUUCCAAUAACAAUCCAUUUCCCAAUCAGUCUCUUCAGAACGUUAUGGGCAAUCAGGUUUUCCCUCAACGUUCCCUACAACUGACCAACCAGCCAGCUUCAGGGGCACAAAUGAGACCUUUACAUCAAAUGAGCCAAGCAAAUAAUGGACAACCAAUGGACACAAGAGGUUUAAACCUUGGCCAGACUCAGAUGAGACCUCAAAACUUGUCAAGCCUCGGCCAAGCAGGAGGCAGCCCAGUAAUGACAACCAACACUUUUACAACAACUCAGCAUUCCAGAGCUUUCCAAGGUACCGACAAUGGGAAUGACCUUGGGUCUUUUGAUUUCCUUUCGCAAAACGGCAACUUAGGGUCAUCGCUCAACAGUGACUCUGAUUUUAUUGAUGCAUUACUGAAAACAGGCCACCUCAAUGAUGAUUGGAUGAAAGACAUUAAUUUGGAUGAAAUCUUUAAGAACCAUUCUUAAACUCUUCAAAUAGAGAGAAGAGAAGAAAGAAUAAGGCUUACGGAAGAGCCAGUCACCCAACUAUUUGUUGGCCUUCAUGUUUUACCAAACAUGUCUUAUUCUUAGCUAUUAGAGAAAAAUAUUUCCUUUGUAGAUCUAGAGGUAGUUGUAUAAUGUAGUGAGAUACAAUACUAUUGCCGCUCAAUAAUCUGCCAGUAAUUAAAAAUUCUAUGCACUGUUUAGUCAGGCUACCUGUUCAUUGUACGGUACAUAUUUUACAUU